AUGUCAGGCACACAGACCGCGACCGUAGCAGCUGGCUGCUUCUGGGGCGUUGAACAUUUGUACCGCAAGAAUUUCGGCAACGGAAAAGGCCUCCUUGACGCCAAGGUGGGCUACUGCGGUGGCGCAAGUUCGUCGCCAUCGUACCGAGCUGUGUGCUCCGGUUCAACUGGCCACGCCGAAGCCCUCCAGAUAUUUUUUGAUCCCUCAAUUGUGACCUACCGCCAGCUCCUCGAAUUCUUCUAUCGCAUGCACGACCCCACAACAGAAAACCGGCAAGGUCCGGAUGUUGGCACACAAUAUCGCAGUGCGAUCUUUACACACGGGGAAGAGCAACAGAAGAUCGCAGAGGAUAUUACAGAAAAAGUCAGUAAGCAGUGGUAUAAAACCCCGCUCGCUACCAAGGUCCUGCCGGCAGGUCAGUGGUGGGAUGCAGAGGAAUAUCACCAGCUCUAUCUUCAAAAUAACCCUGCUGGAUAUGAGUGUCCUGCUCAUUUUAUCCGACCUUUCCCUCCUUUGUCGGAUUGA